AGUUCAGCUGCGAUCUUGAACAUGUCGCAGAUCCCAAGAUUGAGCCUCUCGACCAUGGCGCCCUCCGGCACGCUCUCUAUAAGAGAUUGAGAAACCCUCCUCUUAUUAAGACUCGAGGCAAUCUCCAAGGUAAUCCAGUGCUGUCGUUCUUGGCAUUGCUGAGUCACUAUUCCUCUCCUGACCUUUUGGCUGCGUCUUACACUUAUUGCCUUUUGUCGAGAUCGCCGACCGACAUCAUGAUAACCUCGGCUUUCCCGUCCAUGCUGCUGUUUCUGACUUCUUUAGUCAGUGCCAAGACAGUCAGUUAUAAUUGGGAUGUCACGUGGGUUACCGCUGCCCCAGAUGGUUUCGCCAGGGCCGUCAUCGGAGUCAAUGGCAAAUGGCCGUGUCCGCCUAUCAACGCCGAUGUUGGUGAUACCGUCGUUGUCACGUUGAACAACCUGCUCGGCAACGAAACCACUGGGCUUCACUUCCACGGCAUCCGGCAACUCCAUACCAAUGACAUGGACGGCAACAGUGGUGCCACCCAGUGCCCAGUUCCUCCCGGCUCCUCAAUCACUUACAAAUUCUUGGCCGAUUCGCCGGGCACAUAUUGGUACCAUUCUCACAAUAUGGGCCAAUACCCGGACGGGUUCCGGGGGCCGUUGAUUGUGCACGAUCCCAAUGAUCCAUACAAGGGAGAGUACGAUGAGGAACUUAUCCUCACAAUCUCUGAUUGGUACCAUGACCAGGCCAUCUUCCUUGUUCAGAAUAUGCUGCAGGCAUCCAAUACAGAUUUUUCUCCCCCAUUUCCCGAAUCAAUCCUGGUGAACGACGGACAGUCCAGCAACUUCAACUUUGUCAAGGGGAAGACUUACCGCAUCCGCAUCAUCAGCUACUCUGCCUUUGCAUCGUCCUUCGUUUACUUUGACUCGCACACUCUGCAAGUCAUUUCAAUCGAUGCGACCUACAUCCAGGAGGCGGAGGCAACCCAGCUGCGGGUGUCUCCUUCUCAACGCGUUGACGUCCUUAUUUCCGCUCUUGACGAAGACCAGAAUUACCCAUACCUUGUCGCUUUAGACACCAACAAGGACUUUACAAAGCCAGGUGUCUUCAGUCUUAACUUUACCGGCCACGUGGUGACGGACUGUAACAAACCGGCCACUGGUACCACUACUGUUGGAGUUUGGCACCCGGUCGAUGAUUCAUACUUCAUACCUCUUGACAAAGCCGACAGGUACGAGCCGGUGGAUAGGACUAUCGUGUUGGACUUUGAGUUUUGCCGCGAUGAGAACGACAUUCCUCGCGCCUGUUUCAAUGGGCAACCUUACAUUUCGCAGAAGGUGCCAACGCUAUAUUCGGUAGCAACCACUGGAGCGUCCAAUACAGACCCAACCAUCUACGGUGACAUCAACCCCUUUGUCAUCUCGUACGGAGAGGUCGUCCAGAUUGUCAUCAACAACAAAGACGAGGCCAUCCACCCCUUCCACCUCCAUGGCCACCAAUUCCAAGUUGUGGGCCGACCAGCCAGCGGCUCUGGUGAUUGGGUUAAAAACGGGGAUUACCCAGCGCAGCCUGCCAGGCGCGACGUCAUCGACGUCAUGGGAAACUCACACGCCGUUAUCCGCUUCGAGGCCACUAACCCCGGCGUCUUCCUCUUCCACUGCCAUAUUGAGUGGCACGUGGAGAUGGGCCUGACAGCGACCCUCAUCGUGGCGCCGGACAGGCUCCGCGACAUCAAAUUCCCGGCCGAUCACAUCCACAACUGCGAGAUUCAAGAUAUUCCAAUUGCUGGGAACGCUGCGGGUAGCAGGUCCAACUUCACGAGUCGGACCGGCUUUAUUACGGUUCCAGACCUGGUUUACACUGGGUCCUUGUACGCCGCCCCUGCAUCUCGGUCCCGCGUGGUGAAAAGACUACUGGAAUAGGGCACAAGGGAGAGGGACUACGGCGCUGGACUGGCCCCUAGUACUAGGUUAAUACCGUCAAUUUGAUACUGGAUUUUUAACAUCAAGAGAAAAAGAAAACUAUUCACGGCGGGUAUGUCUGAGUAGGUAGGGUAUUUAUAUGCGCGAGCCAACUUCAAGUUCCUCCCCAAGGUUGAACUCCAAGCCCUGCAGUGCAUUUACAUUUGGCCCUGCUUUUUGUGAGAUGACGUUGGAAUUGGCCAAUGACAGGUCCAGACCAUGACAAUGGGCUUGCAGGGCGGGACCCGGGUCUAUUGCUCGCAGUGCGAGAAUUGAAUCAACAUUGGAUUAGGGCAACACUUAGAAGCGGGAUUGCCCGGUCGAUAAGACACUGCACAACGGCCAUAAUUAACAAUUACGCAAUACUGUUUAUCUGG